AUGGGCGAUUGGAACUUACUGGGCAGUAUAUUAGAAGAGGUCCACAUUCAUUCCACCAUUGUGGGGAAGAUCUGGCUCACCAUCCUCUUCAUAUUUCGGAUGCUCGUUCUUGGUGUUGCCGCUGAAGAUGUCUGGGAUGAUGAGCAGAGUGAGUUUGUCUGCAACACUGAGCAACCAGGGUGCAAGAACGCCUGCUACGACCGGGCAUUCCCCAUCUCUCUUAUCCGUUACUGGGUCCUGCAGAUCAUCUUUGUGUCUUCUCCCUCUCUGGUCUACAUGGGUCAUGCACUGUACCGUUUGCGGACCCUGGAGAAGGAGAGGCACAGAAAGAAAGUGUGUCUGAAAGCGGAGCUGGAGGGCACAGAUCCAGUCCAGGAGGAUCACAAGAGGAUCGAGCGAGAGCUCAAAAAACUAGAUGAGCAGAAGAGAGUGAGGAAAGCUCCCUUGAGAGGAUCCUUGUUGCGCACAUAUGUUAUCCAUAUCUUGACAAGAUCUGCGGUGGAGGUGGGCUUCAUUAUCGGUCAGUACGCUCUGUACGGGAUUGGACUGUCUCCUCUGUACAAAUGUGAGCAGUUGCCUUGCCCCAACAGCGUUGACUGCUUUGUGUCUCGGCCAACAGAGAAAACCAUUUUCAUGUUGUUCAUGCUGGUAAUCGCUGGAGUUUCUUUAUUCCUCAACCUGCUGGAGAUUUUCCACCUGGGCGUGAAGAAGAUCAAAGAGAUCUUGUUCGGAUACAAAUACGCAGAUGAUGACAGUGUGUACAGGUCAAAGAAAAACUCAUCGGUACAGCCGGUCUGUGUGCUUACUAACUCAUCACCACAGAGGCUGGUGCAGCUCACACAGAGGACCUGCUCCUUUGUCGAGGAGCCUUUGAGUGUUAUCCUAGGGGCCCCCCAGAAUCAGGAGGGGUCCAGCAGCUCCAACCAGCAGGCAAGCCAAGCUGACAUCCAGGGUCUCCAUCAACUGGGGGCAGUGGAGCGGCGCCUCACCCUGGACAACAGGAAGCCGUCAAGCAGCAGUAAUGAAUCGAACGGACCUCAAAGCUCAGUGAAGCCGCAGUACGGAGGACCUCGACCCUCACUGACAGGGGGUCAUGUAGAUAUGCAAGCGCCGAGGAAGCAGAGCAAAGUGAGUGUUUGUAAGGACUUCAGUGACUUCAGUGAUUCUCCGGAGAGUGGUCACCACCCCAGCACCAGAAAGUGCAGCUUUAUGUCCCGAGGAAUGUCCGAUGGGAAGAUGGGCACUCCGUCUGACAGCAUGGGCUCUCAGAGUGGGACUGACAUGGAGGCCCAGCUCCUGAACGAGGGGGAGAGUCCCAUGAUGACACCACCACUUCCAGCUGCUGGAAGGAGGAUGUCCAUGAGCAUGAUCCUGGAGCUGUCUUCAAUCAUGAAAAAGUAA